AGCCGGCGGCUUGGCCGAUCGAGAGGUUCCUUGGCGUGCCUCGGGACCUUAUUACCUAGACUGUCGCUGCCGCCUCGCGCGCCGAGACCCGCCACCCCAGACUCCGACUCCUUUUGGCUCGGCCCGCGCGCCCCAGGCCCGACUCGGGCGGCGCGACGGGAGGAUGAGCGGCGGGCGGCGGAAGGAGGAGCCGCCUCAGCCGCAGCUGGCCAACGGGGCCCUCAAGGUGUCCGUGUGGAGCAAGGUGCUGCGGAGCGACGCGGCCUGGGACGACAAGGAUGAAUUUUUAGAUGUGAUCUACUGGUUCCGACAGAUUAUUGCUGUGGUCUUGGGUGUCAUUUGGGGCAUCGUGCCCUUGCGAGGCUUCUUGGGAAUAGCAGGAUUCUGCCUGAUCAAUGCAGGAGUCCUGUAUCUCUACUUCAGCAACUACCUACAAAUUGACGAAGAAGAGUAUGGUGGCACGUGGGAGCUCACCAAAGAAGGGUUCAUGACAUCGUUUGCCUUGUUCAUGGUCAUUUGGAUCAUCUUUUACACUGCCAUCCACUAUGACUGAUGGCAUUUGCUCCCAUCUCUUCUGUCCAAUCCAAAGGACCUUUUUAUUACAGCACAGAUACAUGCUUGUUGGGGCACUCCUGCCACGUGGUACUGAGAAGACCCAUGUCUCUUGGACUUAGAAUCAUCGUAUUGGGCAUCGGUGUUUUCUACAAGGGUUGUGAAACUUCUCAAAGAACCAUCUACCUUUGGGGAAACAGUUGUGAAUUUGUUCAUCACCGACCAUUUUUUCUUGGACACCAUCAUGUAAUGGCUAUUUGCCAAGUGGAGCUGCUGUCUAAUUUUAUGCGCCUCUGUAACAGCUGUUUGCCAAGUGGAGCUGCUGUCUAAUCUAAUGGCCUCUGGAUCCGGAUGAAACAUGAAAUUGUCUUCCUUAGUUCUCCGUCAGGUGCACAGUUUUUAAACUAUCAUUGGCAUCUCAAGUCUUCUGAAAACACCAUGUGCGUGAGCCUUUGCACAAUACGGGCAGCCGUCUAAUAAGUUUCCACUGUAGAGUGUUUUCGCAUACUUGAAUAAACAAGUCUAGCUGAAA